AUACGAUCACAGUUGUCAAGUCGCGAUGUCCCGAUCACGUCGCCAACGUCGGAAACGCGACUCCUGGACUCGAGACAUUCGAAAUUCCGCGAAAUCGCUAAAUUCCCACAAAUGGCCGAUGCGCUGAAGACAUGGCUGCGUACGAGACUGGGUGUGAUUAUGGAUCUCACGCCGGAGGCGUUCAGCCGCUACACGAGAGACGGCUCCCUGCUGGCCCACAUCCUACACAGCUACGAUAUAAUCAGUAGCAAUCAACUGAGCACCAUUCUUUGCACACGAGAUCCUGCCUUGUGCAGGGUGAACUUGAAAACCCUAGGAAUCUGGCUGAAGCUCAUUAACGUCACGCUGAACGACGAGUGCAUCGACAAGAUUUCUAAAGGUAAAGGUGCUGCGUCUCUCCAGCUCUUCUACAAGGUUUAUCUGAGCCUCGAGGGCAAGGACCGAUUGCAUUUUAUCGCUCUUCAGAAAGAGCGAAGGUACAUGCCCAGUAGAUUCAUAGUUUCCACAGUGUCCGAGCAUCCAGUUCCUUAUCUACCAACCGAACAUCCUCUUUCGACGCCGUUAAUCGAGGCAGCCGAUACCGUGCUCUGGCACAGAAACAAGUUUUGGGCAAUCACGGAAGCCUGCAGACGGGAACGAGAGCGAUUUGAGUCACUCAUGGAGUAUCCUGUGAUACAGCCGAUGGAGUACUUCGUCCCGGAAGAGUUGCCGGACAAGAAGCAGAAGGAGAGCGAAAGACUGGAAGACAAAUUCACUUUCAAGCGUCCGGCUCGCAAGACGAAGAAGAGAUACCAAGUGGUCGAGUGUUGCCCCUCGAAGAGUAUCUUGGACGUGUCCUGCAUCGAGGAUCCCGCAGCUGCCGCGGAAUAUGUUGGCUCCUUGAAAAAGCGCAGCAAAAAAACGGCUAAAUCUGAAGAAUUGAAGCUGAAGACGCAGACAACGAUGAUGGCGGAGGCUUGGGAACGAUUGCUGAGGAAACAGGACAGAUCCUUCGACGAAGCUCUCGGCAGAAAAGUGCUGGGCCAUUCGCGUUACGAGAAACAAAUGUUGCGGAAGCUGUGCGAGGUGCGAGACUUGAGAAACAGAAUUGUGGAGAAUCGUAGGAUAGUCGAUGCCAUAUUGCUGAAGGUUAGAGAAAGCGAACGGCGAUUGAAGGAAGAUCGUCGUGAAGAAGCGAUAAAGGAAGAGAGAGAAAAGGUGGAAAUGGAGGUCUGUAGAAUGCGCGAGCUUCGUCGAAGAAUUCGCGAGGAAAAGGUGCGCAAGAUGAAAGAAAAACAUCAAAGCAUCUGUUCAGAAAUUAUUAACGAUCUCGCGGACAUCUCGGUGAAAAUUGCUGUUUAUCGUCAAGAAAAUGGUAAUCAUAUUCCAAAUUGCAUUUGGAACGAAUGGAAAAUGUUAUUUCUAAAGAACCAACCGAUAUUUGAACCUAUGGACCACUUUGAUGAUGUUGAAGAAAUAGAAGAUGUAGAAAAAAUAAAAAAAGAUAUGAAGGUGAGUGAAAAUGAUGAGGUAAUGGUGAAGAAGAAAUACGAGGCAAGAAAAAAUAGCGGAGAAGAAAUAAAAAAUGAAGAGGGAAUAAAGAUUGGAAAGGAAUUAAAAGCUGAGGAAAAGCAGAGGCUAUUUCAGCUGGGACUGGAACGUCAACAAUCUCUGGCUGAUGCAGACUUUGAGAGUUAUCGGGACCUAAGUUCGCCCUGGGAUCAAUUCGUGCCGAAGAGAGAAGCGGGAGUCGAGGAAGUUUAUAGAUUAGGCCGCACUGUGCUUGGUUACAUUGUUCACCGCUUGUUGGAGAUCUUGUAUCCUUAUCCGGCCGAAGUGAUGGGCUGUCCAGUGCCUAGAGUAAAGGUCGCGGCCAUUGUCUUAGGUGUAACAAAUGCAACCUCGUACGAACAGUUGCGAGGGUUGCUGAAGAAUACCGAAAUUCGUUUGCUGACGAUGGAAGACGCGAUCAAUCAUUGUCUGGAGAGCUACAAGCGGGAAAUGCGCGACGUGGAGUACAUCGAUCUGAACAUCAUCUCGGCGACGGCGAGAGACAUCAAGAGAUUGGACGCUAAGAACAAGAUGGACGACUUGGGGGAGCGUCACCUAAAGAAAAUUGAACGAUCAGCGAAGUUAGUAACGUCCCUGCAGAGAGCAGCCGAGGAGAAACAAACUCAAACGCCUAAACACAUACCUUACGACGAUAUGGACCCGAUUUUAAGCGAUGCUGCAUGCAUAGGCAAAUGGACUUACGAGUUUCUCACGUUGGGUCAACCGAUUUCGAACGAGUUGAAUACGAAGAUACUGAUCGAAUACUUAAAAGGAAUCGGAGACGUCGAAGGAUGGAUAUUAAUAAAUUAUCCGAAUACAUAUGAGCAGAUGGCGAUGUUGGAGAAAGCGCUGACAGGACGCGAGAUACCUGCCGAACCCGUCAAUCUUACUGAUAUCGAAGUUGAAGACAUUGAUCCUCUGUCACCUAGAAUCGUGUUUGAAAGUGACGAGGUCGACAUAUUCGCGAUAAGCAGGCAUUCUAAAUUAUUGCCGAACCCAAUUUCCAAAGCAAAAGAUUAUAGUACUCCGUCUACAACGUUCAUGACAAUGUAUAUCAAGGCAGUGCCAAAGCCGAAGGCAAUAGAUAGUCAAGAACAGCCUUGUAUACCUCUGCCCGACGAUGCUACCUCGAUGGACGGAUAUUACGCUAAUCAAAAUAUCGCAUAUGGAUUCUUUUACAAUGUUUUCGAUCUUCCAACCUUGAAACAAUUGGUCAAACUUAUCAUGGAUCAUUUUCACGAAAGGAAAUCAUUCUUGGAACUUUCAGAAAAGAUUCUACAGACAUAUCACGACGAGCAAAAGUGUCUUAUUGAUUCAAAAGCGGCAGUUAUUAAACGCUUGAUACCAAAAUCCAAAUGGAAACACGAAGAACACGAAGAGAAGAAAGAUAUCAAAGUUGAAAGUCACGAUUUACAACCGGAAGCUCAAACGCAGCUAACAAACGAUUAUGCUAAACCUGGAGAAAGCAGCUGGCAAUGGCUAGAUUUCUUUCAGCCUCCAGCUUUACUCGAAAUUUUGGCUACACUUUGGGAAAACGUUGAGCAGGCAUACAUUGAACAUUUAAAGGAGAUUUUUUUCUUGAAGAGAAUGCAUAUAUCAGCCAUCAUGCCCUACAAAAAUCUCGUUUUCAGGAAUUUGAUGAAGUUCGUCGAUCGACCUGACAAACGGCAGAUCUUGUUGCAAGAUUUUCAUCGCGCUUUUAAUGAAAUUGAUAAAGAUCUUAGGGAAGAUUUGGAUAUGAAAUGCGAAUUGCAUUGCCGGGUCGACGACUUUCGAACGGAGUUAUGGGAGUUGUGCGACGCGCGAAGAUACGAGGCUGAAGAAGAGAGAAGACGCACGCUGUGCAAUCAGUGGAUCUUGAUGAAGGCCCUGGUUCUCGUCAAUGUGUAUAUCGGAAUCUUGCAAACCGAAAUUGACAGAUUCGUCGACACUAUGCAGCUCCUUCAGGAUUAUUACACCUCCAUGUUGCAGAAACCACUGCAAGAAUCGCCGUUCUCCAAAAUCGUUCUCGACACUUUCGAGUUGGAGGACGUUCUUCAGGAGACCUCACUGGAAGAUAAAGAGCGAAUGGUGUCAGAGACGAAGACUGAAUCGAGUGCUGAAGCUUCCGCUCUAGUCGUAGAUAAGAGUCAACUCAAGACCGAGCUCGAAACUUUGUUAAUCGACGUAUCGAAGAGCUUUGAUCCCGAUCAAAGCACCGUUUACAUUAUUAUUAAAGAUAAUGUUCGACAAGUGCGAGAUCUCGUUGAUUCAGUUUCGUCCGUGAUGUUGGAGAUGUUGAAGAAAGAGGAAAAAGCCGUGAUUGCAAAAAUCGAAAUUAAAGGCAAAGGAAACGCUUCGUUCGAUACGACGAGGCCGGCGGGAAGAAAUCGUGAUCUAGUCGAGGAAUGGCGAUACGCUGUUCUGUACGAGAUCGGCCGUAUACGUCAGAGAUUGGACGUGCUAAACGCGGCUGCUCGAGCAGACGUGACCUUUCUUCUGGAUACUAUGAGACAGACCUUCCAUCGCGUUUACGAUCGUAUUGUUGAAAGAUACAAACGUGAAAUCGAGAGUAUCAACGAAAUGGCGAACGUCUUUUGCGUCGCCAUCGAGGAAAAGAGACCGAUUCAGCAGGAACUAGUAUUAGACGAUGAUCAAUUUGUCGUAAGACCGAACAUCUUAAUGUUUCCCGAAGCUCACGAACUCGCUGUCCCGAUUAAGGAAGCACUUUCACCUCUGCGAUUCCGAAUAGUUCAACUCGGCCGGUUGACAGACAUUUUCCAACGAAUCGCCCCGCGCGGAAUUGUGAGCGAACGCGUCCUAAUUUAUGUCCUCCAGGAUCUGGUAGCCUGCGGCGAGGAGGACUGUUAUCCGCCCUUCGUGCCGUGCGCCUGGCGACAACUGCGACCUCCGGAUAUCGAAAUACUAAUCGAAAGACUGUUCGGCGCCGCCGAGUACAUCGAGUGGCGAGAAUUUAUCCUGUACGCGAUGGAUUUGCCUGUGCCGUCGCACGAGGACAUUCUGAAGGCGCGGGCAGCCUUCAGGAUGCAUGAUCCUGAAUCGAGGGAGGUGGUCACAUGCGAGCAAUUCCAUUCGACAGCCUUAUGGUUUCUCGAAAUCUCCACCCUUUACAAGAGUCUCACAGAUGAGAAACUUGAUCACAGCAAUUCAGAUACGAUAAAAAAUAUAAUGUUGCGCCAGGAGGCACAAUUAGGCGAGCGUGUUUCGAGCUUGAAAAGCGAUUUCAUAGAAAGGAGCGAGGAUGAGUCUAGCACAAUAUUGAGGCUGAUGCUGGCAAAGGAACUUCUCUGCCGCAUGUAUCUGGUAAAUCCGGACUCGGUUCAUUAUACCGCCAUGCUGCUGGCCUUUUGUAAGGAUGAGAAUCCUAGCGAAGGUCUGGGAAAAGCGUUUACCCUUGCCAUGGGUGCUAAAGUUUGUACUGAUGUAGUAAAAGGUGAGAGAUACGUCGAACAACUUGUCAAACAGAAGCGCUGUGCUAAGGAAUUGAAAUUGACCCGGAAUUAUCUUAGAAAGGAAGCCAAUGAGGUAGUGCGAGAAAUUGUGGAUUACAUUGUGAACAAAGCGACAGAGAUUGUCGCUGUGUUCGAGAGAUCCCGCAAUGAUUACCUAAAUCGGAAACGUCGGAUAAUGAUCCAGCAGCUGAACGGAUCGGGUGAGAUAGAUCCGGCUGAACUCUUGCCACCGGAAGAGAUAGCGGAACACUUAGUUGUAGACAAUCCAUCGGACAGUGACGAGCACGAACACAAGCAAUCUCUCGUGUUAAUCGAGAACGAAACGCUCAAAGAUCACAAGAGAGUGCAACAGGACGAAAGAGUGAUCUUUUGGCUGCCGCGGAAUGUUUGUCUGACGGUUUUGUCCACGUGUCUGCCGUGGCUCGCGUCACAAGAGAACCUCUUCGAAACCACUCUGAGCCUUCACGAAGGAAUAGCACGCGUAUAUGACGAACUAAGGGACGAGGAGCUGAAUGAAGAUAAGGACCUCGCUUUAGCUCACCGUCUGGUGAGUCACAGCUUUAUCUGCGAAUUACUCCGCGCUUCUAGCAAGUUUACCUCGAAGAACAUGGCAAAACUACUUCGUAGUAUUUUGAAAGACGAGGAUGGGGCAGAACGACGUGACAGAUAAAAAUUUACGUUUAAUACAUAAAAUAAAAUAUUAAUGAAAAAUAAAGAUGCAUGGGAUAUACAUGAAA